GUGACCAAACAUGGACUGCGGCCGAGGGAUGUUUUGCCCGUUUUGUGGCAAACACAUGAGCAGCUUAACGCGGUUUUGCUUUACGUGUGGUCGGUGUUUGGAGUUCCUAAAGGACGUGGACCAGACGGAAACACCGGGGACGUCUCGACAGCCGGACAGUGCUAAGCAAACAGAACAACCAUGCCCAUCGUACAAACAGUUCAUGGAGUACAGAAGCUUGAAGUCAAAAGAACGGCAAUCUUUUAACUAUGGGCCAAAAGGAAAAUUUAAGCCUAAAGAAAGAAAACACAUCCAGAUAAAUGUAGGACUGAUGGUGCCACAUGAAACUGAUGGAACUGAUUUAAAACCUCUAAGAGGGAAAACACUCCCGUUAUUUACAGACCCGGAGGUAGCAGCACCUGAUCUGCUGAAACAAGCUGUACAGAAAAUGAGAACAUUUAACAAGGACAUGCCUGAAGGACCUUAUGUCCUUUUGUAUCCAGACUGCUCAGAGGUGGUCCAUGUGCCUGGGUCAGAAAGGCCAUUCAAAUUGGCAGAAUAUAAAAAGGAAAUAGGAAAGGCAUAUUCCAGGAUCACUUUUUUCAUUUGCCUAGAAAAACACUAUAAAAGAGUGGAUGAUACCUCAGACUCUGAUUCUGAUUCUGAAAUUGUCAUCACAACAAGAAGCACAGCUGAGUUCAAUCAAGCUGACACUUUGGUUUUUGAACCACAAAAUCGAAGUACUCCCAAACUCAAACUGGAAGAUGAAAGGGAGGAGACGGACAUUACAUUACCUGACAUCGUAGCAAAUCUCUCACUUCCUAUUGAUCAUAAAAGGGUCAGCCGGUUCAACAUCUCAAGGGCUAAUGUUUGGGAUGGGGCUGUCAGAGGUUUCAAGCGUACAACAUAUUCUGAAACCUGUGACAUGCUGGUCAAAUUUACUGAUGAUACUGGUGUUCUGGAAGAGGGAAUUGACACUGGUGGUCCAAGACGAGAGUUUUUAACUCUACUAAUGAAACACCUAAAAGACCGGCCCAUUUUUGAUGGACCAGAAGGACAUCGAUUCUUGGUCUACAAUGCAAAUGCUGUUAGGGAGGAUGAAUACUACCUGGCAGGAAAGAUGAUUGCUGUGUCAGUUGUGCAUGGAGGUCCAGGACCCCAUUUCCUGUCAAAAGAUCUUGUACAUUAUCUUGCAGGCCAGCCUUCAUUCAAAGCACCAGUUAAUUUAAUAACUGAUGCAGAAAUAGGAAAAGCUUUGCAAGAGAUUGAGAAUGCUACUUCGUUGGAUGCUCUGCACGAAUGUAUGAUGAGACACAGCACAAUGUUACAGACAGCAGGUUGUCUGAGACAUGUGGCUACUGUGGAAGAAAAGAGAGAAAUUGUUUCAGACUACCUCCAAUGGUAUAUUAUUGACUGCAACUCAUCUGUAAUUGACAGAUUCAGGGAGGGUCUUUCAACCCUGGAGUUUUUGACUGCACUACAGCAACACCCUACUUUGCUGGCCCCUGUCCUGUGCCACUCUGAAAAGCAACUUACUGCUUUUGACCUUGAGGUACUCUUCAAACCUGACCUCAGUCCUUCGGGGAGUAAUCGAAGACUUAAAGAAAGUCAAACUGUGGGCUACUGGGCAGACUAUCUCCUUGAUUGUGAAGAAGGCCAGGCUGCUGUGUCUGUGGAAGAUGUUUUGAUGUUUGCUACUGGGCUGUCUUCACUUCCCCCAUCUGGCUUGGAACCACCGCCAAAAAUACAGUUCCUGGAUAACUCUGCGUUCCCAAUGGCAAAUACAUGUACAAACUCCUUGAAAUUACCACUCCUAGACUCAUACAUUUUGUUUAAGUCACAAAUGGACUUUGGAAUUCAAAAUAGUCCAGGAUUUGGCUGUUUUUAAGCUAAAUGAUGGAUGAGUUAAGACUCUGAAAACGUUGUUGUUAAAGGUUCACUUUAAAGUGCAGUUGCCAAAAUUGUUUUUACAGUGUAACAGUAUGUGAGCAUAAUUUUCUUACUGUCAACAUUUUGAAAAUGUUUUAGAUUUGUGACUCUCAAACUGGGACCCCUUUGUGAAUCACUGUUUUAGAUAAAGAAACAAGUAGUUCAAGAAGUUUUGUUUUAUAUACUACAAAAAAAGAAUAAUAAAUACUUAUUACUAAUUUUGAUUAAUUUACUUCACACUUAAAAACAGUUAACCUGUGGGUGACAGAUUCAUAAACAUUGUGUUCAGACAG